CCGCAUUUCAGGUCUGAGGAGGGGUCUUUGUGGGGAAUUAUCCCCAGCUCUGGCAUAUGUGUACAAAGGUAACAAUACCCGAUGGGGAUUCGAUGUACCCACACUGCAUAUGACCAGCAUCUAGUUAUUCAUUCAUUCUGAUCUUCCUCGAUACGUUUUCCAUCCCAGCACUUCUGUUUGCUCUCUAGCCGAAGAUGUCUACCGUUUCUUAUGAUUUGAUUGUGGUGGGAUCCGGCUUUGCUGGUUGCAUGACUGCUUUGAACUUCCUGGAGACCUCUGAGCGAUUGAAACAGCCCGCCCAGGUGGCUCUCGUCGAAGCUGGCAAGAAUGGUGAGAGAUACGGCGCAUCCCAGUGGACAGGAGCUUUCCUUCAUAUGGGUCGUGACUUGACAUUGAAUGAGGACUGGAUUCAGGAGAUGAUUCAAGUCAGCAACGGCCAGGCUGAUUUAGAAUAUUAUCACAAACUCACUCGUGAGGCCAAAGUCAGUGUCAAGUAUAUCAAAAACUGCGGUAUCAAGCUUAUUCAACACAAACAGAGAAAUGGGCUCCUUGAAUUCAAGACCAACCAAUACUUUGUUAUGCCCAAUGGCGGUGGCUAG